AUGAAAAGGGAAGAAUCAUCAACUUUCUCAACUAUUCUGUUUUCUUUGUUGAUCUUUCUGUUCAUUACUGAAAUACAAGCGAGAAAACUUGUACAAGCAUGUUCUUCUUCAUGUGGAGACAUCAAAAACAUAAGCUACCCUUUUCGCCUGAAGGGCGAUCCAGUCGGUUGUGGCCAUCUAGACUAUGAACUUUCCUGUCAGAACAACAAAACCAUCCUGCAGGUCUAUUCAGGGCAGUAUUACGUGAAGAGAAUUCACUACAAUGAUCAGGUGAUCAGUGUUGUUGAUGUUAACUUAGCCAAUGGAAGCUGCAGCCUUCCAAACAAAUUUCUGCCACAAGGAAUUUUCAGAAAUAUAUUCGACUAUCAUAAUGGCUUUAAAGGAUUCCAAGUACCUGAUGGAUACACCUAUGCCAAUUAUAUGAACUGCUCCGGCAAUAUCAGCGAUUCGAAUUAUCAAAGAGUUCCUUGUUUGAGUACAAAUCAAUCUCAAAUUUAUGUCAAUUAUGGGGGUAGAAGUUUAUCUGAACUGCCAGACUUAUGCUAUUUCAUUACAGUGAUUCCUAUCCUUCGUACAGAUGCACAGUUUUCUUCUUACGAAACCAUCAGGAAGUUGCUUGAAGCAGGCAUAACAAUUUUAGUGAACUGCACUGAGACUGUUGAUUUAUAUGGGGCUAUUGGACCGAUUGAGUGUGUCAGUGGUGAUAAAAAAAUUGUUUAUGUCAUAGAUUCUGAUACAUACAUCGAUGAGCUACCUUCAGCUUGCACAACAUACAAAUCAUUUAAUGUUACUGAUUUUGAUCUGCUGAAAGCUCUCAUGAGGGAUUCGAGCACACCAGAAGUCGGCUUAGAAUGGAAAGACUUUGAAUAUGGAUGCCAAGGCUGCGAGAAAUUAGGGGAUAUCUGUUGUUUCAACAUUACAAGCAAUUCAACAGUCUGUUUGAAAGAACCACAUCCUCGGGGUCCUGGAGUUAAAAUUGCAGUAUCCACAUCCACCUGUAUUGGAGGCCUUGUUGUUUUUGCAUUGGUGAUAUUUCUUGUUUAUAGAUCUCGGAAAUCUGAGCAGGAAAAGGAAAUUCAAGUAAAGGUAGAGAAGUUCCUGGAAGACUACAGGACCCUCAAUCCAACUCGAUAUACUUACAGUGAGCUUAAGAAGAUAACCAGUAAAUUUAAGCACAGACUUGGUCAAGGUGGCUAUGGAAGUGUCUUUAGAGGAAAACUUUCUAAUGGAAUUCCCGUUGCUGUUAAGAUGUUAGAAAAUUCAAAAGGAAAUGGGGAAGAAUUUAUCAAUGAAGUGGCUACCAUCGGUAGGAUACACCAUUUUAACAUUGUUCGUCUUUUGGGAUUUUGCUCAGAAGGGACACGUCGCGCGCUUAUUUAUGGGUUCAUGCCAAAUGGAUCUCUUGAGAAGUUUAUCUUCUCAAAGAUUAGUGAAUCAACUCAUCGUCUAUUGAAUUGGGAGAAGCUACAAACGAUUGCAAUAGGUGUUGCACGUGGAAUAGAGUACCUUCACCAAGGAUGCAAUCAGAGGAUCCUUCACUUUGACAUUAAGCCUCACAAUAUUUUACUAGACCAUAAUCUUCGCCCGAAAAUUUCAGAUUUUGGGCUUGCUAAGCUAUGCUCUAAGGAUCAAAGUAUCAUAUCCAUGACCGCGGCUAGAGGAACUCCAGGAUAUACAACACCCGAGUUGUUCUCCAGGAACUUUGGAGAAGUUUCUUACAAGUCCGAUGUAUUUAGAUAUGGAAUGAUGUUGUUAGAGAUGGUUGGAUGUCGGAAAAAUAUUGAUCUUUCCAUUGAGAAUCAAAGCCAAAUUUAUUUUCCCGAGUGGAUAUAUAACAAAGUGAGUCAAGGCAAAGAAUUUGCUUUAGAAAUUGAGGCAGAUGGAGAUGAAGAAAUUGCCAAGAAGCUUUCAAUUGUGGCACUUUGGUGCAUUCAAUGGAAUCCAACAGAAAGGCCUUCAAUGCCAAUAGUAAUACAGAUGCUUGAAGAAGAGGAGGAAUCAUGAAGAGCGAAGAGCCAUCAGCUCUUUCAAAUUUCCUAUUUUCUUUGUUGAUCUUUCUCUUCAUCAGUGAAAUACAAGCAGAUAAACUUCCACAAGCAUGCUCUUCUUCAUGUGGAGACGUCACAAACAUAAGCUACCCUUUUCGCCUAAAGACCGAUCCAGUAGGAUGUGGUGAUCGUGACUUCGAACUUUCUUGCCAGAGCAACAAAACUAUCCUAGAAUUGCAUUCAGGAAAGUACUAUGUGACGAGAAUUUCUUACGAUGAACGUAUAAUCAGUGUCGUUGAUAUUAACUUAGCCAAUGGAAGCUGCAGCCUUCCCUACAAGUCUGUGUCAACAUAUGCAUUCUAUCGUA